GGAACAGCUUCAAUGCUCUGCUUGAUCAUCAUUACUCUCUUCAUACCGCCACUAGGCGUGUUCCUCAUCUCUGGCUGUGGCGCCGACUUCCUUAUCAAUAUCCUCCUAACAAUAUUGGGCUACUUCCCCGGCCACAUUCACGCUUUCUACUUGGAAUACGUCUAUUACCAUAAUCGCGAUUCUAUGACCCCGGGACAUGCGCCGGGUGUAUACUCCGAUCGGAUUCAGCAGGGUGGACAUCAUGGU